UUUAUGUACGUAGUACAUUCACACUUGCACCCACUCGAUUUCUUGAUCCUGACGGCUCGCAACCGCCCACGUUUUAUACCCUAAUCCCAUCCCUACUUACCCCCUCCAUCUUACACACUCUUCCACUUAACUCUCCCCUCUUCUCUUCAUCUUUUCCUUCUCACAAAUUCUCUUACACACAAAAUGUUCAGCCUUGAUCAUCACCAAACGAUGUCGUUGCAGUGUUCUGAUCACAACCCUAUACCUUUGCCCACGAUGGAUCAAAGAAAAUGGAGAACUGCCUCGUCGACUCAUGUCGAACUUGCUCCCAAUUGUCCUCGCUGUGCUUCUGCUAAUACCAAAUUCUGUUAUUACAAUAAUUACAGCUUGUCUCAGCCUAGAUAUUUUUGUAAAGGUUGUAGACGGUACUGGACUAAAGGUGGCUCGUUAAGAAACGUUCCGGUAGGCGGCGGGUGCCGGAAAAGUCGCCGAGCUAGAUCUUCCGCUCGUGGUGGGAUGAAUUAUUACGGCAAGGGUAAUAGUAAUGGCUAUCUGAAUAGUGGUUCUUGUUCUUCCAGCGGAGAUUCUAUGAUUCAAGAAAAUAGUGGUUCGGAAAUUGAUUUAGCUGUUGUUUUCGCCAAGUUCUUGAAUCAAGAAUCGAGUUUAGAAGUUCCUGAUGAGCCUAGUGAUCAAGAAUUGGUUAGUGUAACCGAUUCUUUAGGUACUCCUGACAGUGUUAGCCUGACAAAUCAUCAGAUUCAAGAAUCUAAUGAUUUAUUAUUAGAAAGAUUGCUUGUAGCAGAGGAUCAAGAUCAGCACCAAGAAAGCAUUCAAGAACUGAUAAUGGAAAAUCAAGAAUUCGGAUUGCCGAAUUUGCUUGGUGAUGAUGAAUUAGUUCAAGAUGCUUUGUGGUCUGAAGCUGAAACAUCAAUGGCCGAUGUUUCUUGGCAAUUAUCGGCUCACGAUCAGGUACAACAACCACAAUUUAAUUCACUCUCAGUGGAUGAUCAGCUAAAGAUUUCUGAUCAUUUUAUGAGUGAUUAUAGUUCUUGGAGUUCGUUCGAUCUCUCGACGUCGUCGACGGGAAUUGAGGUUUUCUCAGGAGUACCUUUUAAUUAGAUCUUGAUUUUAUUUCUAUUUUUGUAUACUAUAUAAUCUAUUUUCUCUUUGGAGAAAAUUCAUUAUUAUGGCUAGGUCCCCAUGAAAAUAGUCAUGGCAUAUAGAUAAUACAAUAAAAAUGAUGGGAAAUUCUUACCUUAUAUACUUUAUCUAUGAAUUUAAACCAAUCAGAUGUUGAAAAACAAAGAAUUAGUGAAAAUGUAUAAUAUUUCUACAUCUUAUUGGUUAAUUCAUGAAUAAAAUAGGGAGCAGGUUUAGAUAAUAAAUUCCCUAAAAUGAUAUAUACACAUAUACUCUCUCUGUUGUAUUAUUUUUCAAUUUGGUUUUGACCAAAGAUUGCAAUAUUGAUAUUUAAUUUCAUUUCUA